AUAACCCCACUUUCCAUCUCCACUAUCUCAAACUAUUAUAUAUAGCCUUUACUACUCACCAUUUAGUAAGUCAAACAUUCAAAAUCCUUCAAAUUAUUAAAACCAAAAACAAUAUUAUGGCUGUCAAAUUUCUUCCUUUCCUUCUCUUCCUUCUUGUCUCCUCAGCUACUGCCUGCGAUCGCUGUGUUCACCAAUCCAAAGUUGCUUACUUUUCCAGUGCUUCUGCCCUUCUGUCUGGUGCGUGUGGUUAUGGAGAUUUAGCAAUAGGCUUUAAUGGGGGUCGACUUGCUGCUGCUAUUCCUAGCCUUUACAAAGAAGGAGCUGGUUGUGGUGCUUGUUAUCAGAUUAGAUGCAAGGACUCAACACUCUGUUCGAAAGAGGGCACAACUGUAAUUGUAACUGAUCUAAAUACCAAUAACCAGACGGAUUUUGUGAUCAGUAGCCGAGCAUUUAUGUCCAUGGCCAAUAAAGGAAAAGCUAAAGACGUUCUUAAAUUGGGAAUUGCUGAUGUUGAAUAUAAAAGAGUUCCAUGUGAUUACAAAAGCAAGAAUUUGGCUAUUCGAGUGGAAGAAUCAAGUCAAAAACCAAAUUAUCUAGCAAUUAGCUUCUUGUAUCAAGGUGGUCAAACUGAAAUUGUCGCUGUCGACAUAGCUCAGGUUGGAUCAUCGACCUGGAAUUUCCUGAGCCGAAAUCACGGAGCAAUUUGGGACACAAGUAGAGUGCCAACAGGGGCAUUGCAAUUUAGGUUUGUGGUGACAGCAGGGUAUGAUGGCAAAUGGAAUUGGGCAAAAUCAGUGCUGCCAGCAGAUUGGAAGAAUGGGGUAAUUUAUGACACUGGACUUCAGAUCACUGACAUUGCUCAAGAGGCUUGUUCUCCAUGUGAUGAUGGAAACUGGAAACUUCAUUAGUCUUAAAAAAAAUAUAUUUUAGCUGUAAUAAUCUAUGUGAAUACACGUAGUAAAAGUAAAAAGAGAUCCAAAAUUAAUAAAAUUGUAGAUUGAUGCAGUUGGAUAGACAGAUAGGGAUACAAAUUCUCCUGAUUUUUUCUUCUUUAAGUCAUAUAUUCAUAUUGCUUUAUGAGGACUAAAUAUGUAACGUUAGAGUUAUCUUCAUAUUUAUUAUAAAUAACAUUAGAUUCUUUUCGGCAUCAA